AUGGAGAAGAUCAAGUCGAACGGUGGGGAGCACGUUAACCCCGCUUAUGAUGCUACUCUGGACGGGCCGCCAGUCUACAAUGACAAUGACGAACACAGAAUGGUCCGGCCCUCGGUGGUCAGCGCCUUUGGUCAUGACACUUUGGACCGCGUACCUAACAUCGACUUCUAUCGAAACGCGGGCAGCGUCAGCGGUCAUCGAGCUGUGCGGCCAUCGUUGCAGGAGCUGCAUGACGUCUUUCAAAAAAAUGGAGCCAUCUCUGUGCCAGACACCGUGGCGGAUGACUGCGAGGGGAGUGACGGCACCCCAUCUGACGACCUGGAGUCUGCUGUUCCCGUUGACAGCGGCAAAGGGGCUGUAAAGUUUGGAUGGAUAAGGGGGGUCCUGGUGAGAUGCAUGCUGAACAUUUGGGGUGUCAUGUUGUUCAUCCGCCUGUCCUGGGUGUUCGGACAGGCCGGCUGGGGUUUGGGAAUCGUGGUUAUUGCUCUUAGCUGCGUGGUGACAACAAUUACUGGCCUUUCCAUGUCAGCCAUUUGCACUAAUGGUGUGGUCAGGGGAGGAGGGGCAUACUACUUGAUAUCUCGCAGCUUGGGACCCGAGUUUGGUGGUUCCAUCGGCUUGAUAUUUGCCUUUGCCAAUGCUGUGGCUGUAGCCAUGUAUGUGGUUGGAUUUGCUGAGACUGUUGUGGAUUUACUCAAGGAAUAUGAUGUCCUCAUGGUGGAUCCAUUAAAUGACAUCAGAAUCAUCGGGGUCAUCACAGUGAUAGUGCUUUUGGGCAUAUCUGUAGCCGGAAUGGAAUGGGAGGCCAAGGCCCAGAUUGUUCUCCUCUUCAUCCUGCUGGCAGCUAUUGUGAAUGUAUUUGUGGGCACCUUUAUUCCUCCAACCGAAGACAAGAAAUCCAAGGGUGUAUUUAAUUAUGAUGUGAACAUCUUUUUAGAGAACUUUACGCCAGAUUUCAGGGGCGAAUCCUUCUUUUCGGUGUUUUCAAUUUUUUUCCCUGCUGCAACUGGAAUUUUGGCAGGAGCUAACAUUUCUGGUGACUUGCGGGAUGCCCAGGCGGCCAUUCCAAAAGGCACCUUAUUGGCCAUUCUGAUCACUGGUAUCACCUACUUGGGUGUGGCCCUUUGUGUCUCUGCUAGCGUGGUGCGUGACGCAACAGGAAACAUAACGGACCUUAUUACACCUGGCGUGCCAUGCGAUGGAUCAGCGGUUGCCGCUUGCGAGCUGGGCUACAAUUUUUCUUCUUGCGCAGUAGAAACGUGUGCAUUUGGUGCCAUGAACAACUUCCAGGUGAUGACUUUAGUGUCUGGUUUCGGUCCUCUCAUCAUUGCUGGAACCUUCUCAGCCACUCUAUCGUCCGCUCUAGCUUCUCUUGUCAGCGCUCCCAAAGUCUUCCAGGCACUGUGCAAAGACAACAUUUACAAGGCCCUGCACUUCUUUGCCAAAGGACACGGCAAAAAUGACGAACCCCUCCGAGGCUACGUCCUAACAUUCUUGAUUUCCGUGGCCUUCAUUCUUGUUGGAAAUCUCAAUACCAUCGCUCCCAUCAUUUCAAACUUCUUCUUGGCAUCCUACGCGCUUAUCAAUUUCUCCUGCUUCCAUGCCUCCUACGCAAAGUCUCCUGGUUGGAGACCAGCAUACAGGUACUACAACAUGUGGUUGUCCCUCCUGGGUGCUGUUCUGUGCUGCGCCGUCAUGUUUGUCAUCAACUGGUGGGCCGCACUGCUCACUUAUGCCAUUGAAAUCCUUCUUUACAUUUACGUCACAGUCAAGAAACCAGACGUCAACUGGGGCUCGUCCACUCAAGCGGUGACGUUUGUCAGUGCGGUCAGCAAUGCUCUCUCUCUAACUGGAAUAGAAGAUCAUGUCAAAAAUUUCAGGCCACAGAUUUUGGUGUUGACAGGAGGCACUCGCACUAGGCCUGCACUGCUAGACCUGGCUCACUCCUUGUCUAAGAACUAUGGACUCUGCCUCACGUGUGAAGUGUAUACGGGUCCAAGAGUGGAGGCCCUGCCACUAAUGAACGCCAGCAUAGAGAAGAACCAGCAAUGGCUGAAGAAGAGCAAACGUAAAGCAUUCUACGCCGCUGUAGCAAACGAGAAAUUCAGGGAAGGAGUCGAGAUCCUGCUACAGGCCUCGGGUCUUGGCCGCAUGAAGCCCAACACACUUAUGAUAGGUUUCAAAAGAAACUGGAAGACUUCAGGUUCAGAAGCAGUCCAGAGUUAUGUGGGAGUGCUGCACGAUGCCUUUGACUUUGAAUACGGAACUGUGAUUUUGAGGAUGAACCAGGGACUUGACGUUUCUCAUAUUGUUGAGGCAGAAGAGGAGAUGCUAAAAUCAGCGAAAGAACAACAGGCCCUGGAGAGUGAUUUCAUGUCAAAUGGAGGCAAAUCCAAAGGAUUGUUCAAAAAGUCCAGAAAAUCCUCUCAGCAAGUCCUCACCACCCGAGUGUCGGUGUGCGGCCCCCCACCGCCACAAGUUGCCAAGAUGAAUGAGAAGCUCGUGGAGGCCAGCGCUCUGUUUAAGACCAAACAGCCCAAGGGAACGCUUGACGUGUGGUGGCUUUUUGACGACGGAGGUCUCACUCUGCUGCUCCCCUACAUCCUCACAACCAGGAAGAAGUGGAAAGAUUGCCAAAUGAGGAUCUUCAUCGCAGGCCAGCCCGGACGCAGCGAGCUAGAUAAACAAGAAAUGAAGUCGUUGCUGCAGAAGUUCCGGAUUAAAUGCACUGACAUAAUAGUAAUUGAUGACAUCCAUAUCAAACCACGUAAUGACAGCUUGAAGAAGUUGGAGGACAUGAUUGAACCUUUCCGCCUGCAUGAGAGAACCAAGGAUAGUGCACAGGUUGAAACCAUGCGGAAAACACAGCCCUGGAGGGUUACUGAUGAUGAGUUGGACGAAUUUGAAGAGAAGACCAAUCUACAAGUUCGACUGAAUGAGUUGCUUCAAGAGCACUCCAAAUCAGCCAACCUGAUUGUGGUGAGCAUGCCUAUUGCACGAAAGGAAACGAUUUCCGACUUCCUCUACAUGGCCUGGUUAGACAUUCUGUCCAAGGACCUCCCACCCACCAUCCUUAUACGAGGCAACCACAAGAGUGUGCUCACCUUCUACUCAUGA